AUGGCGUUGCAGGAGAGGUUAGACAAGUUCAAGAAGCAGCAGGAGAAGUGCCAGACGACACUGUCAAGCAUUGCAGCAAGCAAGGCCGCAGCCAGCCAAAAAUCUGCCGCACAUGGAUCGGCCAAUGGAAGAAACGCGCCCUCUGCGGUUAAGUUUUCGACCGACACGGAGAGGCUUCAGCAUAUUAACAGCAUACGGAAAGCUCCUGUGGGUGCUCAGAUGAAGCGUGUGAUUGAUCUCCUUCUAGAGACAAGACAAGCUUUAACACCAGAGCAGAUAAACGAGGCAUGCUAUGUUGACAUGAAGGCUAACAAAGAUGUCUUUGAAAAUCUAAGGAAAAACCCAAAAGUGAAUUAUGAUGGUCAACGAUUCUCUUACAAGUCAAAGUAUGGUCUUAAGGACAAAACAGAACUUCUUCAACUGAUACGUAAGUAUCCUGAAGGUCUUGCUGUUAUUGAUUUAAAGGAUGCUUACCCCACUGUUAUGGAAGACUUGCAGGCUUUGAAAGCUGCAGGGCAGAUUUGGCUGCUGUCCAACUUUGAUUCACAAGAAGAUAUUGCCUACCCUAACGAUCCCAAAGUGCAUAUUAAGGUGGAUGAUGAUCUAAAACAGCUUUUCCGGAGUAUUGAAUUGCCUCGUGAUAUGAUUGAUAUAGAGAAGGAUCUUCAAAAGAAUGGAAUGAAGCCCGCCACCAACACUGCAAAGAGGAGGAGUGCAGCACAAAUUCAAGGCAUUUCUUCCAAGCCCAAGCCUAAGAAGAAGAAGAGUGAAAUCAACAAGAGAACGAAGCUGACCAAUGCCCAUCUUCCAGAGCUUUUUCAAAACUUAAAUAAUUCCUGA